AUGAGUCCAGAUAUCAAGGUAGUAAAAGUUAAUGAAAAAGGUUUAAACUAUGAAAUCACAUUGAAUGGAUUCGAAAUUAGGCACCACCUAUAUUCCUUGAAAAUGGGUAGUCUAAAACAAUUGUUGGAUGUGGAAGGCGAAGUACCAUAUAAUGAUAUAUGGGAUGCGGUUAUUACAACAUAUGACGAUAACAUGUCACGUAUACACGUCGUAGAACUGACUUUGAAGAUGAAACAGACGAAAGGAGACUUGUGUCAAGUAUGCGGUAAAAUUGGACAUGAGUUAGCAAAAUGUUAUAGAGCAAAAGAGGCAGAGAAACGUGGUACAAUAUUAAUGAAGAAUAGAAGGGUGUUUACUCCUGACGGCACUGAAUUGAUAAUAAGCGGAAAAGAAACAAUGAUGAGAAAGUAUCCGGACUUAUUCACGAGUGCUGAAGGGCGACACCUGUAUAAAGAAUGA